AUGUACGCGACAAGAGGCGUCCCGAGGCGGAUUGCAGUCCCACGACUGCCUCGAUAUGGCAGCCAGACUUACGCUCGUCGCACUCUGAUUCCAGCCCCAGGCUCCAACUCGGGUCCCCUCAUGGAACGGCGGGCAGAUCGAGAACUCCCUUCCGUGAAUUCAGAGCGACGCUGGUUGCGGACGCUUCCGGUCUUUGCGGUCGUUGUAGGUGCCGCGAUGCUCGGCAUUUUCAACUAUCAGAAGUCAUCCUCGAGCGUGGUUAACAGCACCCUUUAUGCGCUUCGCACCUCGCCCCGUGCCCGAGAGAUCCUAGGAGAUGAAAUUUACUUCGCCCAGAAGAUCCCAUGGAUCAGCGGCGAAAUGAACCAGCUGCACGGCCGCAUUGAUAUCUCGUUUUGGGUCAAGGGGACUAAAUCUCAAGGCCGUAUGCGAUUCCGAAGCUUGAGGCCGGAUCGAAUGAGCUAUGUGCGUGACUUCUCAGAUUCCACCCUGCACUUCUAUGCUGAAGCGCUCCUCCCCACCCCCUGCAUCGUGCUUUGA